AUGCCUCGUGUGCAAUACCACCAUGACAUGGAAUUUGCGAGUUUCAAGAGUCACUACGCAUACGGGCCGCCAACGGUGUUGCAGCGUUUAGGGUUGGAACCGCACCUCUUCAAUUCAACUGCAGUCCAUCUUCAGCAACACUUGCAAUACCUGAGAUAUUCGGAGCCGCUGGAACUGACCACCGCCUGUCCUUUGGACUUGAGUCUGAAGAGUCAGGCGCCGAUCACUCCGCCCUGUACUCCAUCCCCGGGGUGUAAGAAGUCCAGCCAGUCUCCAACGCCAGAAGUUCCUACUAAGAAGCCCAAGUUACCAACUCCAAAUUCCACGAAGAAGAGCAAAGCCACGAGAAAACUUAAUUUCGACGAAGACAACAGCUCUCCCGUUUCCGGAACAAUCAUUCGCGAAUUAAGACCGGACGAGAACCUGGUGAUAAGGAAGGGCGAUAUUGAUCCCGCCUUCAACGUCGUUGAAAUCACCGACGAAGCCAGGGCUGAGCUGGCAAAGAUCGAAAACGUCAUAGGCGACUACGUGUGUCGGCUUUGCAAGGAGCUCUACGAAGACGCCUUCGGUCUAGCCCAACACCGAUGCUCCAGAAUCGUCCACGUGGAAUAUCGCUGUCCGGAAUGCGACAAAGUCUUCAACUGCCCAGCUAACCUCGCGUCACAUCGGAGAUGGCACAAGCCGCGGCCUAGCAAAGAAAAUAAACAAGAAGAAGUCGCCGAGGGGGAGCUGUGCGAGCAGUUCCCGUGCGGAGACUGCGGGAAGCGGUUUCGAAGGAUCGCCUACCUAAGGAAGCAUCAGGCUGUACACCAAGUUGAAUGA